GGCAACGACACUCUCCACUCCACCACAACGCCAAUAUGCUCGCCCGUGCUACCUUCCGCGCCGCCUCGGCCCCCACCCUCGUCGCCCGCCGCGGCUUCCAGUCGACCCGCGCGCAGAUGUCGUCCCCCUACCACUACCCCGAGGGUCCCCGCAGCAACUUGCCCUUCGACCCGCUGAAGAAGGGCUUCGCCUUCAAGUACUGGGGCUUCAUGGCUACCGGCUUCUCCCUGCCCUUCCUCCUGGCUGUCUGGCAGACCAAGAAGAACAAGCCGUAGAUGCUUCCCUACGAAUUGUGGACACGGCUUGGGGACGGGAGAUAUGGGGAACUGUAGUAUAAGUGGAGGUCCCGACGACGACUGUACUAGACGCACAGCAUCAAUUUCAUUGCCUGUCACUACAGCAGCUGUCCCACCUGUAGCUUCGCCGCAUUGGCGCUGCUACACAUGCAACCUUCGUGACGAUGCAGUCUUGGCGCAUGCGCACACUAGCGUGAGUCGUACCUCGAAUGAAAAUUGUUUGAUUUCCAC